AUUUUACAGCUAUCAAACAAACCCCCACCACCCUGGCUGCUACGUACCUAUCUUCACCAGCCCCACAACAUAUUUUCCCAUCAAAGAUUUGCAGCAAAUCAAGAACAACUAGUUCACAAAUUUAAUUUGUUCAGAAUUCGCUCUUAGCUGUGUUCAAUUAAGUUAUUUUUUUGAGUUUAUAAACUUUGGAUCAACAGCAGGCACUUGUUAUUUAAUUUUCCUGCAUGAAUAUUGGGAGGAUUUUGCUAAGUAAAAGAAGCCUGCCAGGAUCAUCUUAUUCUCGUUUAUCUAAGAAGAUGAUGAAGAAAACGAAAAAGGAAACCGAAAAGAGAAAGAUGGGAAAGAGAUCAAGGAAGAAUAUGGUUCAAAAGUUGUAUGACACUUGCAAGCAAGUAUUUCCUAAUGGUAAGGCUGGUUAUGUUCCUCCUCCUGCCGACAUCCAACGACUAACCUCGGUACUAGAUAUUCUGGAACCAAAAGAUAUCAAGUUUACAGCACCAAGUUUGGAAUUUUCGAGUACAAGUCCUGGAACCAAGGAAGCUCCUCGUGUCACCUACAUUAAGCUCCACGAAUGCAACAAAUUUUCGAUAGGGAUCUUCUGUUUGCCACCUUCAGGGGUAAUUCCUCUUCAUAAUCAUCCUGGCAUGACUGUGUUCAGCAAGCUCCUACUUGGAACCAUGCAUGCCAAGUCAUAUGAUUGGGUGCAGAAUCGCGACCAAUUUAACCAAUCUGGUCGGCAGCAGGAAUCUGGGAUGAGGCUGGCAAAGGUUCAUGUUGACGCAGAUUUCACUGCACCAUGCAAUGCUUCAGUUCUAUUUCCCGAUUCAGGAGGCAAUAUGCACUGCUUCAAGGCUCUAACACCUUGUAUCCUACUGGAUGUUUUAGGACCACCUUACUCCGAAGCUGAAGGCCGUCAUUGUACAUACUAUAAAGAUUACACUUAUGACACCUUUUCUGAUGUUAAAGAAUUGGAACUCAAGGAAGAUGGAACAAGAUAUGCAUGGCUUGAAGAAAGAAAUGAGCAGUUCGUGGUGUUAGGGGGAACAUAUGACGGCCCUACGAUUAAAAUAUAAAGACCCGAUCCUUAUAUAUGUAUAUAACUCUUCUAUCUAAUUUAGAUAGCCAAAAUACCAUGCACAACAAUUGGUCUGUAUU